GCGCGCAGGCGCGGUGCCGCUGGCGAAGGGCAGGGGGAGGCGCGGCCAUGCCCGCGCCCGGCGAGCCAUGAGCGCCCAAAAGGAGGCCCUCCGGGCGGGGUCCGGCGGCCGCCCGGCGGCUCCGGGGCCUGACUCUCCUGUCGGCAUGGAGCCGGCGCUGCCGCCCGCCUCCCCGCGGGCGGUGCCGGAGGGCGGCGGCAUCUUCGGGUGGCUACGCGGGCGCUGCCUGGGCCGCAGCGCCGCCGUGGACCCGGCGCGGGACACCUUCCGCGCCAUGACCGGACUGUACGGCUCCAUCCAGCCCGCCGACUCGGUGUACCUCAGCACCCGCACGCACGGCGCCGUCUUCAACCUCGAGUAUUCACCUGACGGGUCAGUGUUGACUGUUGCUUGUGAACAGACUGAAGUACUGCUUUUUGACCCAAUAUCUUCAAAGCACAUCAAAACUCUCUCUGAAGCUCAUGAAGACUGUGUAAAUAAUAUCAGGUUUCUAGAUAAUCGACUGUUUGCGACUUGUUCUGAUGACACUACAAUAGCACUUUGGGAUUUGAGAAAGCUGAACACAAAAGUGUGCACUUUACAUGGUCACACCAGCUGGGUUAAGAACAUCGAGUACGAUACCAAUACGAGAUUACUAGUAACAUCAGGGUUUGAUGGAAAUGUGAUCAUCUGGGACACAAACAGGUGCACAGAAGAUGGAUGUCCCCACAAGAAGUUUUUUCACACCCGUUUUCUUAUGAGAAUGAGGCUGACACCAGACUGUUCCAAAAUGUUGAUCUCAACUUCCUCUGGAUAUCUUCUGAUUUUGCAUGACCUCGAUUUAAACAAAUCUUUAGAGGUUGGCAGUUACCCAAUUUUAAGAGCUAGAAGGACUACAUCAAGUUCAGACAUAACAUCAGGUUCAUCUGGUCCUCGAUCUGUUGGAUCACCGUGUCACCAGAGUGAUUCAGGUCCAUUGUCUGAGAAACACACGUCACGGUCCUCCCAGCGAGAAGGUGGGUCACCUAGAAAUAGUUUGGAGGUCUUAACACCAGAGGUUCCUGGAGAAAGAGAUCGAGGCAAUUGCAUUACAUCACUACAGCUACAUCCAAAAGGGUGGGCUACACUUCUUCGGUGCUCAAGUAAUACGGAUGACCAGGAGUGGACUUGCGUCUAUGAAUUCCAGGAAGGAACCCCUGUGCGCCCUGUCUCGCCUCGUUGUUCUCUGCGAUUGACUCAUUGCAUUGAAGAAGCCAAUGUGGGCCGGGGUUACAUCAAAGAACUUUGUUUCAGUCCCGAUGGCCGGAUGAUUUCAUCCCCACAUGGCUUUGGGAUCCGCUUGUUGGGGUUUGAUGCACACUGCAGCGAACUCGUUGACUGUUUGCCCAAAGAAGCCAGUCCCCUGAAAGAAAUCCGUUCCCUCUACUCUCACAAUGACGUGGUACUGACAACCAAGUUUUCUCCAACACACUGUCAGAUCGCCUCGGGGUGCCUUAGUGGACGUGUUUCUCUGUAUCAGCCAAAGUUUUAGGCACAUCUUGCAUCAACAGGACCUUCAGAUGUUUGUGGUUUUUACUUCAGUUUAGUUGAAGUGUGUUCUUUCUGAAAUAUCUAAAUCCAGAUAAGAUCAUAGUUACUAUGAUCUCUGAACAUGACAGUGGAACAAGCUUCCAGCCCAGCACUAUAUGUGUCUUCAUACUGCAUCCACAAGUCCAUUUCCAUGCACUGUGUUUUCAGCCUUCCAAGCAGACGUCUGCUCCUGCUGAUCCUGUGCCAUUGAGUCAUUGUUCUGGUUUGUUUGUACCAUAAUAAUCAUUGAUAAUUCCCUUCAAUGCAACUUGAAGUGGGCUAUAUGAAACAAAUGUAGAGGGGCAAGGGUAGCAGUUCAGCCAAAACUCGCCCAGGGUCCCUGAGUCCUCCACCUCCUUGUUCCAAAGGAGUUGGACUUCCUCACAUAUGCUUCCUUGGUCUUUUCUUUGCUGAAACUGCUAUACAUUGAUUAUUAGAUAAUGAGCUGCUUUUCUACAUAACUGACAGUUAGCUACUGACACAGAAAGAAAAUUUUAUUUUCAUUUUUAUAUUAAUUUAGUUGUUUGUGAUUGGCUAGAAAAAUGAGGCAACUUACUGUCAAUGUUUUGCUGCAGUUAAAACAUUUGGUUUUCUGUGAUUGCAUAUAUUGUGUUUAUUGCCAGAAGGAAGAGGUUCUGGAUGGAGCUGGAGCUGCAUUUUUUCCUCAGAUAAUUUAGAAGGCAAAGAGUGGGGCAGGGAAACAGGAGUUGAAUGGGUGAAGACCCUGCCCUGUAACCACUGCAGGUGCACUGUUUGGAUGUUUCGUACAAUAGGGGUGUCCGUGGUUGGCCUCUCUUGGGCAACUUUGACUCCACAGCCACCAGGGUUUCUGUUGUAGGGAGCUUUCCACAUUGGUAACGUAGAAAGCUUCAUCCCACGUUUGAAACUUAACACUGCAGAAUUUUCUGCUGAUGUUAAGGCUAUGUCCCACCUAACUGAUCUUCACACCUUGCCUGCACCAUUGCUGUGAGAGGAACUUGUCUGGGAUGUGUCCAUAGUAUCACCAGAUGAGCCUUUCUUCACAUGUACUGUCAUUUUGAGAACGGAUUAAAAGCAUGCCUGUCCAUAGUAAGAUCUAUCUGGCUUUAACUGGGCUUAUCGUAAGAUGUGAAAAAUGUUAAUGUUUAUCAUUAAAUCCUGUAUUAAGCAUGAAUGUCAAGUUUUAGCCCUCAAGUUAAUUCCUCAAGGAAACCUUGUAAACACACAGUUAUUUCAGUCCCAUACAUCCAUAUUGGUUUAUAAUAUUCUCAUCACUUACGUGUUCCUAGAUAUUUUUUUUUAGUAUUUCACUAAGGUUUUGUUGACCAAUCACACACUCAAUUCAGCAGAGUAUUUUUCACUUUAAUUGGCCAAGCCAUGAAACAUGGGGCCUAGUGACUGAAUUAAUAAAAUAUUCAAGUGUAUCUGAGACCAGUUAGAAAUGCAUCACUUCCAUUUCCACUCAGCUCCUUUUGCAUGUGAACCUGAACCUACAUCUGGGGCAGCUUGGAUUUGUUGGUUUGUUAGAAAAAUUUCAGGGGACUUCCCUUGUCUGUGACUUAAAGCAAAGUGAAAUGUGCAGAAAACUUGAGGACAGGUGUGGAAUACAAAAUUUUUGUGCAAAAGAGGAGCUAAGCAACAAGGAGUUUUCAAUUGGCCACGCUGUUUGGGGGUGGAGAGGGAAGAACAAAAAACAAACAAAAAAAAACCCCAAAACAGUAGCAGUGUGUGUGGCAAAACUUAUGGAUACUGUAUUCUUGACAUUAGUCCAAUGAAAGUGCUAAGUUUCCUUUUCCUGAGGUAUUUUGAAACAGAAUGCAGUGUGACUGUAGGAACACUUGCAUUUCUCUGCAUUCCCCUGCAUUAAAAGUUGCGGCCUGUUAGGAAUAAAGAAAUGGGUUUUCCCCGCCCAUCCCACACAGGACCGUAAUGGCUUUUCCCCUAAGCUCUUCCUCUCCCUGCUUCUAGGCUGUGGUUUUCUCAUUUAAUGUUUUUCUAAACAUCAUUAAAAGGGACUACAGGUAGCAUUUUGAAGAAAUUUUAAAUACUGUUCUCGCAGGCUUGAAUCGUGUCCAUUUUGGAGGUGAAGAACCACCCAAGAAAUCAAAGCAGUUCUUGGGUCUGUCUGUUUGUUUUCAUAGCUGGUUUUGGUUUUUCCUAUCAGAAAUUAUGAGAGCUGGUACAUGGCUUGUGACUUUAAUUCUAUGCCUGUUAAUAUGCACUGAGUGUUACUUUUUUAAUUCUACCUCAUAAUAUGCUGUUUUUUACAGGAAUAUUGUGCUUAAACAUUGGACACCAACUUUUCUGUAUAAAGAACUCUUACUCCAAAGUGACACAUGUCAUCACAUCUAGAUACUACCUGCAAUGCACAGCACCAAGAGUGGUGGGCUGACCAGCCCUGGCCAGCUCUGGAAACCAGGGCCACUGAGCAGGGGUGUAGGACCGAUGCUCAAAGUCACCUAGUUGAGGGGUUUGAUGAUACAUUGAUACUCCGUAGCAUGUCCAGCAGAUGCAUAUUAAGAUGGAUUCUGUCCAGGUAUGCUGCGGAAAUGUUACCUAGUUCUGAUUACACUUGUAAUAAAUUUGAAUAAGUAGGUAAUCUUAGAUUUUGAUAAUUUGAUUAUUCCUUUUCAACAAUACUUGGAAAUUUUCAGUGAAAGUUGGUUUGUUUUACAUAGGAGGUUCAUGUAACACUUCUUGAAACACUAUUCAAUAGGUUGUAACUGAUAUGCCUUGCAGCUUCAUCUUGGUGGAAGGAGUGAUUUUCAGUUGGCUUUCUGAAUAAUACUACCUUGCCUUAUUGAAUUAAUGAAGUAAUUUGUUGAUGAGCUUUGGGUUCCUUCUAGAUAGUUAAAAAAAAGAGGUUUCUCUUACUGUUAUGUUUCAAAAGGUGAAUUCUUAACAUUACAGAACUAUAAAACUGUCUGAAACAAAUCUAAGAAAAUAUUUCAAAGGGUAUAUGAAAGCCUGCACUAACAGAGAAGUAUGGUAGUGGCUUAUACCAGCGGUUUCUUUAAACUAAUUUACUUUCAAACGUUGAAGUAUUACAUCACUUGAUAAAUUUUACAGUAUUUCUACUGAAGAAGAUAGAGCUCCCUGUUUGAUUGUAAAGCAUGCAGUAUGUCUUUUAAAUGCAUGGUUUCAUAUUCAUCAACUUCUGUAGUAAAAGAAUUCCUCCAUUCACAGCAUGGCUGAUCAGCAGAAGCAGAUACACUGCAUAAUUAAGAUCUAUGUAGGAAUGUCAACAUGUAGCAGCAUCUACAGGAACUAAACUAGUGUUUGAAGCUAGUAAUCCUUUUGUAAUAGUCCAGUGACUGUAUCCUGUGGGAGUAAAUGCAUUUUCUGAGUAUACCAUUAGAGGUCAGUCUUUAAAUCACUGCAGCACUGUUAAACAUUUGUGGGAAGGGGGAGAGAAACUAUUAAUGGAACUAUACAAUGACAUUCAUGUAUAUGUACUUUCCCUAUAUGAGGGGUGUGUGUGUAUAUUUCAGUAGAUAUAUAGCCACAGGGCAUCAGUCUACUUGUCAAACAUGGGUAGUUCAGGGAAAAAUGCAUAACCUCCAAACAGAACUAUUGGGGAUAGGAAGAAAAGCACAGCGAUAUAGACAGAGACACACACACGCGCGUACAUUUGUUUGCACUCUUGGAGUCUUGGUAAGGACAGUUUCAUUGCCUACUACCAGAAUUAGAAUGUAAGCAUCGGGUUUUUCUGGGGUUUUCGGGGUGGGGGGAUUGGUUGAUUUUGGUGGGGGCUUAUUUUGUUUGUUUGUUGGUGUUGGGUUGGUUUUUCUUUUCUUUUUAAUUUGGGUAAUACGAUGUGGAGAAGGUCCUGAUACCAUAAAACAUGGGUCUGUUGCUCUAUGAAAUGUGAACUUCUAGAAAAAAAUACACUUGCCAAAUGAAAGCUUUUAGGAAAUCUAGUUUACAAGAUUCCUAAAAGCUGGAGUAAAAGGAAAAAGUCAACAGCCCAUAAUAUUUUUGUCCUGCAGGAUCAUUUCCUGAUCUUAGUCAAAGGUGCAUUUUCUUAAGCACUAAGUAUCUUCAGUUAAGCAUAAGGUUUUUAAUACAAGAACAAAUUGUGCAUGUAGAAUAUUUUGAAAUACCUGAGAUUUCAUAGUAAAAAUUGUAGCCUUUUAAUACAGUAUAGAAAGUAUUGGAACUGCUCUGAAAGUAUUGUACUUACAGCCGUAUAGUAACUUACUAUUUGUGGACAGUUUCUCUUGCUUGCAUAAUAAAUUAAACAUUUAUUAAUUCAA